AAGUUUUUAAAAGCUGCCCUGAAAACACCGGAGGAAGCUGCGCAUCACAGGAAUUGAGGCUUGUGUUUCUGAUAUACCACUAUAAUGGUAAGCUCUAACUGCUCCACUGAGGACUCCUUUAAGUACACUUUGUAUGGCUGUGUCUUCAGCAUGGUAUUUGUCCUCGGCCUCAUAGCCAACUGCGUUGCUAUCUACAUUUUUACUUUUACAUUGAAAGUGCGGAACGAGACCACGACGUACAUGCUGAAUUUGGCGAUAUCGGACCUGCUGUUUGUGUUUACGUUGCCCUUCAGGAUCUAUUACUUCGUGGUGAGGAACUGGCCCUUCGGAGACGUUCUGUGCAAGAUCUCCGUCACGCUGUUCUACACCAACAUGUACGGGAGCAUUCUAUUCCUGACCUGCAUCAGCGUGGAUCGCUUCCUGGCCAUAGUGCACCCCUUUCGCUCUAAGACUCUUCGCACCAAAAGGAACGCCAGGAUCGUGUGCGUGGCGGUGUGGAUCACCGUGCUGGCAGGCAGCACCCCGGCAAGCUUCUUCCAGUCCACAAACCGCCAAAACAACACGGAGCAAAGAACGUGCUUUGAGAACUUCCCCGAGUCCACCUGGAAGACCUACCUGUCCAGGAUCGUUAUCUUCAUCGAAAUCGUGGGGUUUUUUAUUCCCCUCAUCUUGAACGUGACCUGUUCUACCAUGGUCUUACGGACUUUGAACAAACCGCUUACGUUAAGCCGGAAUAAGUUAAGCAAGAAAAAGGUACUCAAAAUGAUUUUUGUCCACUUGGUGAUAUUCUGCUUCUGUUUUGUGCCUUAUAACAUUACCCUGAUACUUUACUCUCUGAUGAGAACGCAGACGUGGAUUAAUUGCUCGGUGGUGACUGCGGUCAGGACUAUGUACCCUGUCACCCUGUGCAUCGCCGUUUCAAACUGCUGUUUUGACCCUAUAGUGUAUUAUUUCACCUCGGAUACAAUUCAGAACUCGAUAAAAAACAACAGGUUCACCAGAACACGUGAUAACAGGUUCUCUGAAACACCGCUGUCGGAAAACUUUCUGCAGCACAGCUUUCAGACCAUAAAAAUGAAAAUAUUUGAUACUGACUCUCCAAGAUAAACUGUAUUAGGAGACUGUUGGGACUAAACUGGAAUUAGAAGCCUGCACGUUUCUUCAGCUGUGAAAGUAGACCCUGAUCUGUAAACGUUACUUCUUCACAUUAGAAAAUGUUUAUGGUAAGACUGUAAAAGUGUUAACAGUACACAGAGAAAGUAUUCUAAGAAUUUCUAUCAGAUGUCUGUUUUGACUCGUUUUUAUGUUAAAAAAAAAAAAACCAACCUUUUGGUUUCAGCCUCGGUUACGAAAGCCCAAAGACUGGUUUGUCAAGUCAGAGAAAUGAAAAAUAUUGUUUUUUUUUCCAAAAUUAAAACUGCUCUUUUUAAAUA